GCUAGAGGCUCUUGCAGUCUCAGGUGAGCACUCUCUCCAUCCUUUGCAAUCACUACCAACACGUAGUCUGCCCUGAUUGGUUGCCUGGGGGAAUAUUUCCGACCAAUCAGACUGAGCCAGCUGUGAGGACCAGUUUGAGAGAUACAGUUUCUCAUCACAGCCAGCAGCACAACUUGUCAGGAGCAUCACCUGUGCCUGUCUGCAACCAGGGAGCCAUUCAGCACUACAGGUGAUUUAAUCAUCCAUUGGUUUCUGUCCAUGCAUCUCUUGAUGCCAUUCCCCUGUAUCUAUUUCACCUUCUCCCCUGCAAAUCUUGUACUCUCUCCCCUGUAUCUAUAUCACCUUAUCCCCUGUAUCUAUUGCAGCUUCUUCCCUGUAUCUAUAUCAUCUUAUCCCCUGUAUCUCUUGCAGCUUCUUCCCUGUAACUCUUGUACUCUCAUCUACACCUCUAUAAGCUUAUUCCUUCACACUCCUGAAGCCUCUGUUCAGCUUUUCCCUGUACAAUUUAGAGCCUCUCCCCCUGUACAUGUUUAAGGUUUUCCCCUGUACCUCUUGUAAAGUCUUUACUGAACCUUUUGCAGCUUAUCUUCUAUAACUUUUGCACUUUCCCCUUUACCUUUUGCAGCAUCUCUCCUGUAUCUCUUUAAGCUUAUCCUUGUUCCUCUUGUUGCCUCUUUCCUGUACCUAUCUCAGCUUCUCCUCUGCACCUCCUGCAACUUCUCCACCUACUGCAACCUCUUCAUUGUACUUCUUUCAGCUUCUCCCCUGAACCUCUUACAAAUGCUCUUCUAUAAUGUUUGCACUCUUCCCCCUGUGCCUAUUGUCACCUCUUUCCUGUACCUAUCUCAGCAUCUGCACUGCACCUCUUCCAAAUUCACCUUCCUAGAUAGUUAAAAUUUAGAUUUAUUGUAUAAACCCCUUUGAGAAUAAUGCUUUGGUUUUACUCACUGAAAAGCGAACUGUAGUUAAUUGAAAACCUAAUGGCAAAACAUGUAUUUUCCUCAAAUGAUUUUUAAGCCUUAAUUCUGAUCUUUACAUAAUAAAUAGAGGGGUUACCCUUUUAACCCCUAAAGCACUUCAGAAAGCUUUAAUCAUUCGAUUUGGCCACAGGUACAAAGUGUUGCAUCACACCGCAUCUCUUCAAUUUACAUGUAUGCAUCAUUUCUGGGCAUACCAGAUGCUGUCUUCUUCUUCCUCAAGCACUUCCUGCUCAUGAACCUCAUACACACAACAAAUUGGACAUAUAUUUACUUUAACAUAUUUGUCCGUUUGAGUUGCUUCUGAAUUUUUAUGUAGUUCUUGCAUUUUGCCGCCUGCCUGUAUAAAGCAUUGUGGUUAAUUCACUAAACUAAUAAUUAUGACAUAUUGACAAAGGAAUUGCAAAUGUUCCACUGAAAUAGACUAAUUUGGAAAAGUUUUCCAGUUUCGUAUUUCCGCCAGCUCAGUUAUUUUUGUUUUCAUAUCACUUGUUGGUUCAUCAUAACUCCCAAUUGUGCUGUGUGCAAAACAUUUCAAACUUUUAUCACACCAAUUUCCUGCAUCUUCAAUAUGUACCUUGCAGCUCAUCUUUCCAUGUAUCUUGCAGACUUUAUUCACACACUUAAUGUGUUGCUCCAAGCACCUUGACCUUCAGUGAUUUGAAGUGGUCAUGGUGUCUGGAGCCUGUAUGUGCAAUGUUUCCCUGUGAAAGAGCUAUACUGAGUUUAACCCUUUUGCUGCCGUAGGUAUAUCUCCACCUCGGGCAGCGUCAUUGGGGUGCAUUCAGCCAGCCAAGAACAAGAGGAGGAUCAUACUGAGGGGAGAACUUGGCCUUGAUAAUGGAACGGAGGUAAAUUUUAGUUUUGGAAGAUUUUCUGUUUUUUGUUGUUUUUUUUUUAAAUUGGGGGACAGGAAGGCUUACUCUAACCAAAAACAGUUUUUUGGAGGGGUAAAUAUGUAAAAACAGUGUUUUAUUAAACAGUGUUAUUUGGUUGGAGUAGCGUUUUAAGGUUACAUAGCAAACUGGGAUUUAUGGAGAACUGAAAAGAAAUAGCAAAAAAUAAACUAAAAUAACCAAAUCUGAAAUAGUUUCCAAGCUCAGCCACUUUUGGCCUAACAUUGGCAAUUCACUUGUACUCAGAUUACUGUCUUUCUGUAUAAUAUCUGUAACACUUUUAAGAAGUUUUAGGGUUGCACCGUUCCUUCCUCACUCCAUUAAUCUGUCCCCUAGUCUCUUUAAAAAACAAAAUCCCUAAACCUAUUCAAGAAGGGUAUAUCAAUUAAACGUAAAGAAUUACUUUAAUGUUAGGAAUACAAAAAUAUAUUCACAACACUAAUGUGUUCCUCUGCCCUGCGUCCCUCUUCCCAGCGAUGUUAAAGGUUAAAUAACCCUCUAUUCACAAAGCUGAUUUCAGUGCCAAUCCCCCUUUGCACUGGGUCUCGCUCCACCUCCUCCGAAGUCAGUUGAUGGGGAGACCGAAUGCGCAUGCGCAGCAAGCGCUACACGCACAUUAGGCCAUCUUCAUGGGAAAGCAUUGUCUCAAUGCUUCCCCAUGAGGUCUUCCCUGACACUGGAUGUCCUCUUGCAGAGUGUGAGGACGUCCAGUGUUGUUUAACGGAGUCAAAUUCGGUGAAACUCUAAAAAGCACCUCUAGACAGCCACUUAAGGCAAUCUUAGUACUGCAAUGUAUACAUUACAAUUUCUCUAAAAUUACAAUGUUUUACAUUGCAGGACUAAGGGUGACAGGGACAGUGAGACAAUGAGAUGAAGUUGUCUGGGUGCCUGUAGUGUACUUCUCCCUCCCCUUAUCUUCCUAACCCAUUUGAUUCUUCUCCUGUAACUGUGUGAUUAAAAAAAAAAAAAAACUUAAUUGUAAGCUAUUCUAGCAACCUACUAUUCUUUGCAUGAAAUACAUUUUACCCUUACAGCUUGUCUUAUUUUACCCCAUUCUCCUUAAAAUGUAAGCUCGUUUGAACAGGGCCCUCAGCAACUUCAGUUACCAACUUGUCUCGUUGCAUCUAGUUGUUUGUUAGUGUGCAUGUUGUACAGCACUGUGGAAUAUGUUGGAGCUUUAUAAAUAAAAAAUUUUAACAUCACAAGUAAUUAUCUUUUUCCUUAGGUGUCCUGUAGCUCACUAUCCGGACAUGAAGCUGUUCUUGCUGUUGACAAAUAUAUUUUUGUCUGUGUAUGCAGAGACCAUUGUUUAUUUUCGUGAACAGUUUGAGGAUGAUGGUAAUAUGUCUUUGAUUAUACUAUUCACUGCUCAUCUCUGCAAUCCACACCGAUCAGCCACAACAUUAAAACCACUGACAGGUGGUAUAUAGUUACAAUGGCACCUGUCAAGGGGUGGGAUAUAUUAGGCAGCAAGUGAACAGGCAGUUCUUAAAUUUCAGGAAAAAGCAGGAAAAGGGGCAAGUAAAAAGAUCUGAGUAACUUUGACAUGGACCAUUUAGUGAUGGCUAGACAACUGGGUCAGAACAUUUUCAAAACGGCUUGCCUUGUGGAUUGUUCCAGACUUUUACCUACCACAAGUGGUACAAGGAAGGACAACCAGUUAACCGGCGUCAGGGUCAUGGGCGCCCAAGGCUCAUUGAUGCACAUGGGAAGCAAAGACUAGCUCAUCCGGUCUGAUAACACAGGAGAGCUACUGUAGUUAAAAUUGCUGACAAACAUAAUGCUGGCCAUGAGAGAAAUGUGUCAGAACACACGGUGCAUGGCAGUUUGCUGUGUAUAGAGCUGUGUAGCUGUCCACUACCGAAGGUGCCUUCAGUGGGGAUGUGAGUAUCAGAACUGGACCAUGGAGCACUGGAAGAAGGUUGCAUAGACUGAUCAAUCACAUUUUCUUUUGGAUCUGGUGGAUGGCCAGGUGCGUGUGCAUUGUUUACCUGGGGAAGAGAUGGCAGCAGGAUAGACUAUGGCAAGAAGGCAGGCUUGCAUAGGCAGUGUUAUACUCUGGGCAAUGUUCUGCUGGGAAACCUUGAGUCCUGGCAUUUAUGUGGAUGUUACUUUGACAAGUACCACCAACCCAGAGAUUGUUGCAGACCACGUACAACACUUCCUGGCAGUGGCCUCUUUAAGCUGGAUAAUGAGCCCUGCCACACUACACAAAAUCUUUAGGAAUGGUUUGACGAACAUGACAAAGAAUUCAAGUGUUACCUAAUUCCGCAGAUCUUAAACUGAAUGAGCAUCUGUGGGAUGUGUUGGAACAACAAAUCCAAUCCAUGGAAGCCCCACCUCACAACUUGCAAGUCUGAAAGGUUCUGCUGCUAAUAUCUUGAUGCCAGAUGCCACAGGACACCUUCCGAGGUCUUGUUUUGUCCAUGCUUCAACACAUCGGUGUAAUGAUACUCACCUGGUCCUUGGGCUGAUCAGUUAUAUAACCAUUUGCCUGAAUCCCAGUAAAGAAAAUUCUGCUUGCAUUCAGAGUUCUUAAAGACACACAGGGGACAUUUCUGUCACAGCUUGGUUCACGUCAGUCUGGCGUCCCCCUUCACACACUUUACGGGGCCACAGGCAUAACAUGGACCAAUCAAAUCACAUAUAACAGCAUUUAAACUUCUCUGGACCUAUUUACUGUGUACUAGCAUGGUUUCUGUUCUCAGUAGGUAUAUGCAUGGGCAAAAGAUUCGGUUCGGCACUUCUGAAAUUCGGGACUUCGGCACUUCGGUUCGGUUCGGUACUUACAAAAUUCGGGACUUUGGCAAUUCGGAAUUUGGCACUUCAGCAAUUCCCUAAGCCUAACCCUAACCCUACCCCAAACCUAACCCCACCCCUACCCUAACGUAACCCCACCCCUACCCUAACCUAAGCCUACCCCUAACCUUAACCCUACCCCUAACCCCAACCCUAACCUUACCCCUAACCCUACCCCUAACCUGACCCCAACCCUGCCCCUACACCCAACCUUAUCCCUAACCCUUCCACUACCCCUAACCUAUCCCCUAACCCUACUAGGGUUAGGGGUAGGGUUAGGUUAGGUGUAGGAUUAGUGGUAGGGUUAAGUGUAGAAGUAGGAGUAGGGUCAGGGUUAGAUUUCUGUCAUCAUUCUCUUAAUUCCCGAAUGUCCGAAAUUUGUCCAAAUUUAAAUUCGAACCGAAGCGAAUUGUACAUGUCUAGUUCUCAGUACCCUUUAGUGCAUUCCUUGUUACAUUGUGAUAUUUCUGGAAUUGACCUUGGCUUAGUUCUUGACUCUGGCCAGUUUUCAUUCACGCUGUCUCUCUGCCUUAAAUAGGCUUCUACUUGACAACUUCUCCUCUCUAUUGUACCUUUAGCUCGACCAGUCUUAGGACUGUUAAUACAUCUAUUCUAUCCAGUCUGUUAUUGUUAUUCUAGGCUCUGCGUAUUAUGGUACUUCCCCGUGACAUCAGAGCUGUUUUGGCAUCCCAAGGGGGACCUACAUGAUAUUAUGAAGGUGGUAUUAUUGUAGUGGCUGAUCAGGGUUUAUCUUUAAGCACAUAGUUACUUAUGCUUCCUGUGCAUCCCACCAUAAGACUUAUUCUAUACCCUGGUCUCAUGGAAGGAGUUUUAACUCCCUAGGCAAAAAAUCAGUUAGAAUCUGAAAACGGUGUGGAACUGCCUAUGUUAUUUUGAUAAGUUCCCCCAAUGUCUCUUGAACAAUGCAUGACAUUUUGAAUGUUUUGCUUUAACAGAAAUAGUUUUGGGGAAUACCAAACUAUUUUUCUUUUUCUUAGCUAUGCUGCCAAUACCUUCAUUAUUUCAACCUACAUUAACCUAUGUUUGUUUUACCUUUUAUUGCGGUAAUAGCUGUUUUUCAUGUAAUUGACAUGUUUACUAAAUGUACAUUCAUUUACAGAAGAAUGGGUGAAACGAUGGGUGCAGUCUAAAAGUAGACCUGAUUACGGUAUAUUCCAACUUACCUCAGGGAAAUACUUUGGCGAUCCAGAGAAGGAUAAAGGUAGGUCGCAAAACGCAAUCAUAUUUAUGAAAAGGUGUAUCAAAAUAUCAAGAAAUAUCAAGAAAAGAAAAAAAAAUACCCAUAUGUACAAAUGGUAGGAGACAAGACAAAUUGUAUGUACAGAACACGAACAAGCUUACAGUCUACGGAUUUAGUUACACAUAAGGUAAAGGUAAUGUGCAUAUAAAUCAACUUAUGUUGCAACUUAUUUAUACAAAAUAAGAAAUAUUUGCACAGAAAGUUAUUUGCAAUCUCUUGACAAGAUAACACACAUCUUUUUCUAUUUAUUAUAUUGCAAGUUAUAUGUUGUCUUCGGGUUCCCUAUUUUAAGGCUGGGUGGGUGUUUGCAGAGCUUACUAAUCAAUGUGUCAUGAUAAUAUUGAUUUUGAUGCAGGAUGCUGUCCUCCUGUAACUGUUAGCAGCGCUCACCAAUUUUUGUGUCAUUUUGAUGGGAAAUCUGACGCAGAACUGAGCUAUGACCUCAUGCAUCCUUCAAUUACAAGAUUCCAGUGUUUAUUCCAGCGUAAAGGCACUCGUGCAUGACACAGACCUAUAUACAGGCCUUAAACCUACAUAAGCCCCUUUUGAGCUCAGACACAUUGCCAUGUUGUGGUUUCUGUGUGAUUCCAGUAGUGCUGGCAUUCUCUGUCUGAUAUUCUGUUUUUUGAUUCAGCUUGUCCUGACAUUCCUGCUCUCUGUUAUUCCUGACCUAGCCUGGCAUUUCCUAUAUGUGUAUCCCUGUAUUACCUAGACCUUGGCUUGUUCUCUUGCCGUUUCACCUUCUAUGGGCUUGGCAUUAAGCUUGGCCACUCUAAGGACCUGUAACACGCUGCGGUCCUUUUACUUUGUCUGUUUGAACAUUACUGGUCCAAACUCUGCGUGUUGGGAAUAUCCUUUAGCUUGACAUCUGUUGUACACAGCAGUGGAAUAUGUUGACACUCGAUAGAUAUUAAUAAUGGGAGUAAGACAUAACCUAUCAGGAAUUAAUUAAAAUGGUAGUCUAAGCUCCAUAACCACUAUAGCGCCUGUCCUGUGUUUUGACAGAAUUCAUUGGCUAAGAUUGACAGCUUACACUCGAAUAUGAAUGAAUGGAUAUAGCUUCUGAAGAAGGGAAAAUUCAGCUUUAUAAAGCAUGUGAGGAGGACACUUACUCCAGGGUCAAAGGAAUUAACUCAAUCAUGUCGCACUAGGUUCCAUGAAAAUCGCUUAAGGCAAAGUUGCGGAGCACUGCAUCUGUGGUCAGCAGGGAAUAGACGGAAGGCAUCAAAAUGGUGGCUCAACUGAGACACUUAAUUACUCCUUUGGGAAAUCCAGUUGAGAAGUUUAAAAUUCACUCUUUAUUUCUUGAAUAAGAUAUGUGACUAGAAGGUUCAAAGUGUAAAGAGCUACAAACCCAUAGCUUCAUAAGUUUCGCACAAAUUGCUCAAAUUUAAUCAGAGGAGCUACAUUUAUAGGAAGGUAAUCAAAGGGAUAGCUAAACUUCCUCUUUAGGUAUGUCAGAGAAGAGGGACCCUGGUAAGUGUCAAACCAUUCAAAAACAGUAUAACAUUUAUGUGGGGGAUGGUCCUCUUUUCUGACAUAUAUAAAGAGCAAUGUAGUGGUUAUGGUGCCUAGAUUCGCCCUCUAAAUAAAACUUAGACUCAUGUGGUUAUGACAACUCUUGUGAAAUUUAUGUAAGAUAUUAAGUACAAACGGCUUGUGAGUGAUGGUGAUGAAAUCUGAUUUAAAAUGGCUCUGCAGGGGGCGGAGCCUGGAAGCGAGACGGGCCAGACGCCAUUUCUGCGGGCUCCGACAUCCACGGACCUAAUCUGGCGAAAAUCAGCCCACAAACCUGCCAUCCAGCCACACGACCACCGGCAUAAUACGGGGGAGAUCCCCCGGAAUCGAUCGAUGCCCUUCAGGUACACCCCGAAGCAGGCAAAGCCUAAACUACGAGCCCGGGCCUACCUCCCAUCAGCCCACCACGGCCUGGAUUACCUAUCAGGCGGGGACUUCCUAGAGGACGCGUGGGACACAUCGCGGCACAGCUCCGACCAAGGAACCUCAGGGAUGGGGCGCAGAUCCCAGAAACCACCACCAGGUAUAGAUCAGCCUGAUAUAGGCAUUAUGCUUCAGAGGCAAACACCCGCCAAAAUGGCAGCCGCACAAGGCCCUGACUCCCCACAAGAGUCUGCCUCAGGGGAGCAAAGCACUCACGGGGUUACAUGGCUACAACCCACACCCCAGCAGGGUACCACCGAACCAGCCACCAAACAGGACCUACAGCAUAUGCAAAACAUGCUGCAGGAAAUACAAAGCCUACUAGCUGCAGAUCUACCUACCCUUAAAACCAGCAUGCAACAAAUCACUGAAAAGGUAGUGCACACUGAGAGAGAAGUGCAGGGGAUUCAAAGAGAAAUCACCUCGCUGCAAGACUCCCUCUUACAACUACAACACAAUCAACAAAACUUAGAGGUACAACUAGCAGCCCAAGAAGACAAACACAGACGCAACAACAUUAAAAUCCGAGGAAUCCCUGGCACAGUCUCCAAAGAGGACCUACCUUACUAUGUGAGACGGCUCACGCAAGCUAUACUUCCCCCUGCGGUGGCAAGGAAACUCACCCUUGCCGGCAUAUACCGACUACCCACCCCGACAAAAGCAUCUACUCCCCUUGCAGGAGACGUCAUAGUCCGCUGCACCCUUCCCCAAGAUAGGGGACACAUAAUGUCAGCACUCAAGGGCAAGACGCCACUCAACUUCGAGGAGUCUCAAUUGACUUUUUUCCAGGACUUAACCAGAGCCACUCUCCAAUGGCGAAGGACCCUUAGCGACUUCACCAGCCAGUUACGCUCCGCGGGCAUACCAUAUCGGUGGGGAAACCCACGCCACCUCCUGGUUACACAUCAAGGAAACACGUACAGAAUUGCUACAGGUCCCGACGCUGCCGCACUACUACCAAAACUGGGUCUGCCAUCCAAGAACACCCAGAACACCACCCCGGCCUGGGAUCCGGGGACGAUCGAGCCGUUUAUCCCGAGGACGCGGAGAAUGGACACUCACGCCACAUGACGGGAGUGGGGGGAGAAGUCUCCUACCCCGCCCCGCUCAAGGGCUAAAAAUUGCAAAUUUUCUUUUCUUUAAAAGUUUUUUCUCCUAUUCCUUUUCAUCCUCUGCCACUUAAGCUAUGUUGAUAUCUCACUAGUCACUAUGACGCUCUAAGAACCCAUAUGACGCGCUGAAAGCCUAUCAGAGUUGGCGCUGGCACACCAGUGCACUAAAGUAAUAUGCACUACCAGACAGAACACAACUCCCCCCCCGACAGCCCCUAGGUUAGGGUUAAUACCCCUCGAGAGUAACUCGUACGGACCAAGGACAAGGCCUCCUGACAAGAUACUCUCACGACUACCCGACUGACACCACAGACCACUAGGUAACAACACAGAUAGACUUAGCAUUCUGAAUCUAACAAUAAAAAAGGUUUUAAGCAUUAUGCAUAAUAAAUCUGGAGUACACAGUUCACAACCUGGAUAGGGUGGCCUAGGUGAUUUGGAGGGGUCAACAGCUGGCAGCUUUCCUGUCCUACCUCCACCCAUUUGCAAACAAAACUGUACUCAUGGGAUUGCUCGAAGGGGGAGUGGACUGGAUAGUUGGCGAACUACUCUCCAAAUGGCCAAAUCCGGCUAGAAAGCCGUAGGUACCGAUCUCCAUACAGGUGUCCACUUGGAGGGACAAUCUGAACUGACAGCAUUAGCCAAAAUUGCUCCAGAAGCAUAGUUUAAUCCCAGUCUGUGAGAACCAAGGGACACAUACACCUAAGAUAAAAGGCGACUAGGCAGUGUGAAUUUCAAAGCAAAGCCUACCCGGGGCUUAGACAGGCACUAUCAUAUCGAUCAGUCAGAUAAUACCCAGACGCAAGUCUAAACUUAACAGGAAUCUCGCAUGGUGGCCAUUACGCACACUAGCCCUUGCUCCCUAACCUGAAGGUCUCCUUCCGAACAUAAUCUCUCACACGCCCGUUGGCACAGUGCUAGACCAUUAACCACCCUGCUCAUACAAAUAUAAAAAUGUGCAAAGUUAUUCCUGCCAUACAAAUGUAUUUAUAUGUCUACCAAACUCCUGGCGAUAGCUGUUGUGGCAUCGCUAGAAAACUGUUACUUACCUAACCUAUGCACGAAAAAUAAAGAAUUUAAAAUGGCUCUGCAAAGAUUGUGCUUAAUUUAAUUCUGUUCUUCCAGGUAUACAGACUAUACAGGAUUGGAAGUUUUAUGGAAUUUCUGCUCGAUUUGAACCCUUCAGUAACGAGGGACAGACACUGGUGAUUCAAUACACUGUGAAGCACGAACAGGGAAUUGACUGUGGCGGAGGCUAUGUGAAAUUAUUCCCCGCUGACCUAAACCAACUACAGCUGAACAGGGAAUCUCCAUACUAUAUCAUGUUUGGUAAGUCCUCACAAUUCCUUAGAAUUAACAGCAAAUAUUAUCUAUUGACAUUGCUUUAUUAAAGGGCCCCCCUCACUUCACUGGAAAUUACAUAAUUGAAUAAAUCAUUGAAAAUCACCUAUAACAUAUGGUAAUCUUUUUUUCGUGUGUCGCUUUGUUUUCUAUCAAAUGUAGAAUUAAAAACAUCACAAUCAAGUUUGGUACAGGCACACCAAGGGCACGUAUUGGAGAAGGUGAAAUAGAACCACUUUGGGUUAUGUUUAUGUGUAAAAAUUGCUGGGUUCUGAAAAGUAGUACAAAUAUGUAAAAGAGGAGUGGACCAAUGAAAUGUGCCUGUUGGUUCCACUGGUUUCCAUGGUGAUUGCCCCCCUGUUUAGUACCUUAGACCACCUUUCAGAACAGGAGUUUUUACACAUAACCCCCUGUGUUCUCACAUACAUAAGGUGUUUCAGUGUUUAAAGAUGGUGGAGCGCCAGACCCAGAAAUUGAAUUCUCCCUAUACAGUAAAAAACAAACAAACAAACAGUGCAAUUCUCCAACCUGCCAAAAUUAUUUAAUUUCAGCUUUUUAAUAUUUCCCCAUUCUCUCUUCAUAUGUUUCUGUAUUGUUUUUCAGGGCCUGACAUUUGUGGGACAAUCCAUGAGAAGGUGCACGUAAUCUUUAAUUACAAGGGAAAAAAUCAUCUCAUUAAGAAGAAUAUAACGUGCAAGGUACGCUUAAUCUGGCACGUCUUUACCCCGCCCCCCCAGAAUUUUAGCUAUUUUUCUUCUAUUAAAUAUUACUUUAGUUCAUAUUUAUGCACGUGUUUGUAUUGUUAAACAUAACUGAACUUAGCAUACUAAGCCAUACCAUUGUUAAAAUACAAGCUAGUUACUAAAUCAAAUACAAACAGGGUUUCUUAUUGAAGUGAUAUUUGUCUGUAAUGCAAAGUGAAUUUCAAGCUGUAUUGGCCUUAAAUUGUAAAUUCACGUUGAAUACCCAAAAAUUAGAACUUUACUAGUUAACCCUGAAAAUGUCACAUUUUUGUUGUAGUGAUAACAAGGCCAAACUUUUGAAACAAUUUCCCCCCAAAUAAAGUGCUAUGUGGGCAUGCUAUGGAAAGUGAAAAAAGUGAUAGUUAAACAUAUGUACUGUGCAUCGCACACUAUUAGAAAGUAUUUGAUUAAUCAACACCUGCUACUAUUCGUCUAUUUUCUGCUGCGCUAUCCAGGUUUUGGAUCUGAUCCCCUUAAAUUGUUAAAAUGAUUAAUUUUAUAAUAAAAAUAAAAUGGCAAUGUAUAAAAUAACACUAUAGUGUCAUUAUAGUGAUAUUUACAAUAACUACAAUUAUGUGUUUCAGGGUUGGAUUUACCAGUAGACAGCUGUCUGCAUAAGCUGGUCUACUAGGUCACAUACCAUAACUAUAAAUGUGCAUUUAUUUUAAUUGUUUUUUAGAUAUUUUGAUCUACUUUUGAUCCCUUAAUAAAUCAUUGAUCCUCUAGGCCGGGUGAUUUGAAAUGUUGGGAGGUAUGUAAUGUCACAGUCAUGACUUGAUAAGUUGUUGCACUGUCAUUACAGUGCUGCUCUAACUUUGCUCGAUAUUUAAGACACUCCAUUUUGGCACAGUACAUUGUUAUUUAAUAUUAUAUAAAAUUAGAUCAGCUAUGUUUUUUGUUUUGUUUGUUUGUUUGAUGAAUAGAAAUGCUCCAUAAGAUGGUGGAGUUUUCAAUAAAUAUUCUCCUUUUACUAAAACGAAUCCUCAAUACACACCAUAAUAAAAGUGAGCAUGACGACAGUUACAUUGAACCAUGGCUUAGAAUAUUGGCGUAAAUGUGCAAUACUCCUCUAAAUGUGCACUUGUCUCUGCCAUUGUCUUCCCUCUCUCAGCACGAUGAACUAACCCACUUGUACACCCUGAUAUUGCGUCCAAACAACACAUACGAAGUGAAGAUUGACAAUGAAAGGGUGGAGAAUGGAAGCCUCGAUGAUGACUGGGAUUUCCUGCUGCCCAAAAAAAUCCAAGAUCUCAAUGCAACAAAACCCCUGGACUGGGACGAGCGAGUGCAAAUUGUGGAUCCUGAUGACAGGAGACCUGAUGUAGGGAAAACAAACACAUACAUUAAAAAAAAAAAAAAAAAACAUCAAAAUUGUGGGCUUUAUUUUAGUGAAGGCUAAAUUGCAAAUUAUAGGCAUGAAGCUGGGUGGGACACUUUUUCAAACUCGGCUAUUUUCGCCUAAAGUUUGUAAUUCUAAUUUCAGUUAAUCACAAUUCAAAGUUUAACAGAUUAAACCCUUAAAUGUUUCUUUGCAAAACCAGAUCAAGAACAAUUCUCCCACUCAAAUUUGUCCUAAAAUUUGCAAUUUCUUCAUCAAUGGUCCACAAUUUCCAGUUUAGUGAAUAAGCCCCAUAGUAAAUAUGUAAACAGAUAUCAGGCACACUGAGUGGACUAUACUAUGGAUACUCGCAAUAGCUGUUUAAAAUAUACAGAAAACAAGACACGUUGAAUGAUAACGGCAGUGACUUAAAUGAGAGUUGUGCGUAUCUCUAGUGCAUAUACCUCUCUCGUUUUUGCAGUAAGAUCCGGGCUUUGCUGAUGUUGUUAUGAAAGGCACGCUGAAGUUCUUAGCAACAAUAAGAAAGAAGUAUAUGCACCAGAGAAAUGCACAAACCUCUAACUGCAGCUACCAGACCACCACUGACCAAGGCCCCCUCACAGGUCCAUAUCAGAUGGGGGCCUCAAUUAAUAUGAGUGUAGGGGCUGUGCAGGGAAUAAAGAUGGUAGACAGGAGAAAACAAAAGUAGUGAAACCUAAUUGCGUAUUUAAUGGGAUUAUAGUGCUAUAGGGUUGGCGAAAUGUCCGAAAUUCAGGUUGAGUAAAAAGGACUAUAUGUAAGCCAUGCUCAGUUCUUAUUGUAGAUGCAUGUUCUCAAGUUUGGACCCAUUUGGCAUUUUUUUCUCUAUAUUAUUUUUUCCUGUGUUCCGUUGCAGGACUGGGAAGAAACGGAAUUCAUGCCAGAUCCAGAUUCAAGGCAGCCAGUCGAUUGGGAUUCAAGCAUGGAUGGAGAAUGGGAGCCUCCUACUAUUCCAAACCCAAAAUACAAGGUGCGCUCAAGAAGACAGACACAGAAUAUGAGGUUAUGCACCAAUUUCUUGCUUACUGUGCUACAAGCAUGUGACUAGCAUUGGACCCUAGUUCGAGUAGAUAUUCUUAGUCACCUGUAGAAGCACUUAUUCACAACCUUGGUAUCGAACCAUGUGGACUCUUUCAAGUAGAAAAAUCAAUCCACGUGGUAAUGGUCAGUGCAGGGGAGUCUAGAGUGUUCUCAAAUCACUAAACCAUCUCACUCUGUAAAGGGUCAUUCGGAAUGCUAAAUUUGGACAUUGCUCACACUCAGGGCCAGAUUAAGAGCCCAGUGGGCCUGGUGCUGACAAUUAUUACAGAAUCUUAUCGACUAAUAACACUAAAACACUCCCAAGCGUCAUGUAUCUGAUGGAGAUGGUGCUGGAGGGAAAGAAAACAGCAGCUAUAAGAAAACAAAUACGUUAUACUAAUCUAAUCUCUCUAAUUUAUGUUUUCAUCUUUCAAAUAAAUCCAUAACCCCUAACACAGUGUCCAGUCAAGCAGGAAGUCAAUGGGCAUGAUAAAAGGGUUUGCCACUGACACAAAUUACGUAGCCUGCCAAAAGGGGCGAACAUGCCCAAAAAGAGGCAUGCCUGCCCAAAUAAUUUUUCCAAUCAUGCAAGCUGGCCAACUAGAAAUACUGUGCAGACAGCACCCUGAGCUUGGCAUAAAUGCGUCUAAUGAUGUGCUUGCUCAAUGCUUUCUAAGGACUGUCCCCUAGCACUCGCUGGUCCACUAGUCUCCUUACCUUCUUACUAGCAGGCAGAAGCUCCUGGUAUAUAGUCUGGGACAGAGAAAAGGUGGAUGUAGUGAGUGUAGAAGAAAGGGAACAUGCCACAUUGUUAGAGAGACCAAAGUCAGCAUUACCUUAAGCGAUUUCAUUGUCAGCCAGUCCACACAAGUUUUGUUCCAAUCCCUCCUAAGUUUCUAUACUUAAGCAAGAGUAUGUGAAAAGUAGUUAGGGUUGCCACCUUUCUUGGAAAAACAUACUGGCCUUACUAAUUUGCAUAAUUAAUUAUGUAUGGGUGACAUCACAUGAUAUAAAUCACAAGGAGUGACAUAAAAGAAAAUGCUGUAAAAUCACCCAAAAACUACUUGGUUUGAUUCUGCUGUAUAUAUGGAUUUCUCCUAGUGUCCCAGAGGGCACCCCAUGUUUCCAGUGCCCUCAUGACUCAGUGUCCCCAUGUGUUGAUUACCCCAGGUCUCAGUGAUCCAUGUCUCCUUGUGUCCUCCAGUAUUCCCAUGUGUCUAUGUCCCCAUGUUUUCCAGGGUCCCCAUGUCACUAGGAACACAGGGAGACCUGGGGACACUGGGAGACUAGGGAACACUGGCUGGGACACAUGGGAACACUGGGAAAAUAGGGGACACUUGAAGACAUAGGGACACAGGCAUUAGGGACACUGGCUGGGGGCAAUGGGGACAUUGAGACAUGGGGGAACUGGGAGACAUGGGGACACUGAGACACCAGGGACACAUACACUAGGGACACUGGCUGGGAGACAUGGGGACAUUGAGACACUUGGGGGCACUGGGAGACAUAGGGGCACGAGAAGACAUGGGGACACUGAGACACUGGGAGACUAGGGGGCACUGGGAGACAUGGGGACACUGAGACACCAGGGACACUGGCAGGGAGACAGGGGGAUACUGUGUCCCCAUGUGUUUCUGUGUCCCCAAGUGUCUGUGUCAUAUUGUCUCCCAAUGUCCCUUAGUGUCUCAGUGUAUAUCUCCUUGCAGCCUUUCCCCCCCAUCCCUCACUUCCCUGAGCUGUAGGGUGGGAGUUGGUGUCUGGACUCUCUGUAGCUGCUCCCCUGUGGAUCAGUGAGUAGAGAUAAGCAGGUAGGGUUAUGUUGGGACUUCCUAUCCCAGCCUCUCUCCACACACAGUGACCCCUACUGGCCAGUGCUGGUAUUGCAUCAUAAUCUCUUGUUUAUACUGAGAAAAAAUACCUGCAUUUGUAUUUCCAGUAUGACUGCAAUAUCGGCACCUGCCAGGCAGCCUCAAUUACUGGCUGUGCCAAUAAAUUACCAGCCAGGUGGAAACCCUAAGAGUAGUGUGUAAAAAAAAAAUAUAUAUAUAUUUUUUUUAAUCAAUGGGCCUAUUCCAUGGGCCUGGGCCUGGAGCUGCAGCUCCACCAGCCCCUAAAUUAAUCUGGCCCUGCUCACACUAUUAAACCAUGUCAAAAUUUAGCAGUCAAAGAUCUGAAUGAGCUUAAGUAUGGCCCAGAUUUCAGAAUAACUGAAGUCAGAACCAGAAUUGUUAAAAUCCAGGCCCAGAUUGAAAAAUCUAAAGUAUCUGCUUGCAGGCUGUGCUAGCUGGGAGGGGCAAUAAAAGUAAUAGUUAUAAAAUAAAAUAUAUAUAUAUACUUACCAUCAGAAUCUUUUUUUCUUCUACAUCUUUUCUUCAACCCCCAAAAAAGAACAAAAUAAAAUGUACAAUAGUGCGACAAAACUACUGAAAAACAAACAAAAAAAAAACACCUGAUUCACAAAAAUGUGGCCGGCAAAAAUCAAAAACCUGACGCAACAAAAAAAAAAUAAAAUAGAUCCAUCUUCGCCUUACGAGGCCUCUGCGCAGAAUGAGCUUCAAGGCAGGCAAAACCUUUAUAUGACAUUUAUAAAGGUUUUCCCACUCUUUGAAUACUCAUUAGAGCGUUGUGAUUGGUUGGCUAAAAUCUCUUUUUUUUAACAUUGUUUUACUAGCGUUGCCAGCAGGCAGAAAUUAUUUCAAAUUAUCAUUCGCUUUCCAAAAGCAAGUGAACUAAAAUUUGCGAAUAAUUCAAAUCUGAUUUUUUUUUAAAUCAAUGCUUUAGUAAAUAUGAGAAUUGCCAUUCCUGUUGGAAUUUGGCCGUUUCUACAAGGGUUUGUUCAAUUGGACAAAAUCUGAUGUUUAGUGAAUUAUCCUGUAAGCCUGCUUGUUGAUGAUAAUUGUGUUUUGCCUGGUUGCAGGCUAAACAAAACCACAAGACAUCCAGGUCCAAUAGAGAAGAGACGAGUGAGCAAAAUCAAUAACAACUGAAGAUUAAGAAGCAGAGUGAUAACAAGUAUCAGAGUGCAGUAACUGAGCAAUAACUCUGAGUCAUUCUGGAAUUUAAAUAGAGAAUAAGGCACCAGGACCUACCUACUGAGCACCAAACAUGCAAAUUUGUAUUUCACCUUUGCGAUAUAUUCAGGCAGAAUCUUUCACUUUUACUUCUUCAACAGGAUUAGAUCAAUGAUAGGGACUUUGUGAGUCUAGGACGAUGUGACAGAUCAUGUGGACUACAACAGAGAACAUGACUGUGUGCAUUGUUUAAACACUCACCUGCUGCUAUUGACUUAGACCCAGGGCAGGAGACAGGAUAGUGUAGUAUCGGCAGCAGAAAUACCCACUGUGCCACCAUGUGAAAGAAAUGUUCCUAAUGACAAAUUAUUUUGUAUUAUCCAGGGAAUAUGGACGCCACGAAUAAUAGACAACCCUAAUUACAAGGGGGAAUGGGUUCGGCCAGAGACAGAUAACCCAGAUUUUGUUCCAGAUCCGACUAUUUAUAUAUAUCGCAACAUCGGUGUAAUCGGCUUAGACUUAUGGCAGGUGAGUUCUCACCAGACAGUUAAAACACUAAAUCACUUGAAAAAGGAUGUCAAAAAGAAGCAAACUAAUUUGAGAUUGUUGGCUUUGCAUCAGGAGUAGAAAAUACAGACAAAUGGAUCAGCGCUAUUUGACCAAACCAAAAAAAUGGAAAAUAUUAAAUAGGUAGACAGAACACCUUUAAUUGUAAGACUCCCUCUUUGCCCUACACACAAAAUACAAUGGUAAAAAGGAUAAGGAAAGGAGGUUUGCGUCAAAACAAUGUGACUCUGAUACAGGUAGGUAGGGAUGUGCAUGGGCAAAAAAUUUGUUUCAGUUCGACACUUCCGAAAUUCGGGACUUCAGGAAUUCGCCAAUUCGACACUUCAGUUCGGUUCGGCAUUUCUGAAAUUCGGCACUUCGGUUCGGCACUUCUUAAAUUCGGGACUUCAGCAAUUCAGCACUUCGGGAAUUCAGGGCUUUGGCAAUUCCCUAACCCUACUCCUACCCCUAACUCUAAGCCUAUCCCUAACCUCAACCCUACCCCUAACCUAACCCGAACCCUAACCCUACUAAGGUUAGGGGUUAGGUUAAGGGUAGGGCUAAGGCUAAGGUUAGGAUUAGAUUCCUGUCAGCAUUCCCUUAAUUUUCCCUUCCUCUCCUAUUUUGCCACUUUUCAGAAAUCCGAAGCACUUAAGCACUUCCGAAAUAGGGCACUUCCGACAUUUGGCACUUUGGCAAUUCUGGACUUCGGCAAUUCUGUUGGGUUUGGCAUUUCAGAAAUUCAGCACUUCAGCACUUCGGAAUGUAGUAAAUAUAUAAAACAGAAUGAGGGAAAUAUAAUAAUAAAAAACUAUGACUAUUGAUAUAGAAAUGUCCAGUAUAGAUUUCUUCCGCUGGGAUGCCAAAUCGGAAGAAUUCUUGGAAUCCAUAUAAAAAGAGAGACCAAUAGUGUAAUAUAUUGCAGAAAGUGGUGUAUGAUAAAAAGUCUAUAUGGUCCUACUCACUUUUUUUAACCAGCUUUAACCAGCUCUAGUAUGAUAGAGUACGGUGGUACAAUCCCCACUUAUAGGAUACGUGAACGGUUGGUGGUUGUCUCAAUGAUAUGAAGACCAUAAAAAAUAAUUUUAAAAAAUUAUAAAAUGGAACAACAAUAGUGCUCACUAUUUUAAAAACACCAGGCGUGUAGAAAUAUAAGAGGGUACUCACAUUUGGUUGAGCAGAUGAAUGCUCAAUGAGUAGUGCGUGAGUGGUAUAAUUCCCACCUUGGAUUCUUUAGAGUAGUCCUCACUGGAAUAAAUAAAAUCAGAUGCCAGGCAGUAGAGAAGUAAAAGUAUAAAAUAAUAAAAGAGUAAAAUGGCACACUCAUGGUAUAAAAGUAGCCAAAAUACCUUUAUUAACAAUAUUAAAAUAUCCACAAUGCAUUUCACCUUUAAGUGGAGAUAUCCCCACUUGAUAACGCCUUAAAGGUGAAACAGUUGUUUCUUCUGGCAAGUUUAUAUUUGUGUUCUUUUGGAAUCUAUACUGGACAUUUCUAUAUUAAUAUUCAUUUUUUAAAAUUAUUAUUCUCAUUAUCAUUCUGUUUUAUAUAUUUACUACAUCCCGUUUUAUCAGCUUUUUGUGUUGCCUACCUGUAUCAGAGUCAUAUUGUUUUGGCGCAACCUCCUUUUUCUAUCCUUUUUACCGUUGCAUCAGGAGUAUCUGAAAAGUAUUUCUAAAACUUUACUGGACCACUAAACAUCACAAUGCAGUGAACUGGAAACUAAAUUAAAAAAUUGAGCCUAAAAUAUCCAAGCUGUGAUUAGAGCUGAGUUGGUGAAUGUUUCAAGCUGCUGGUUGCCUACAUGUUGUAGUUUGGUUAUCUGUUCACUGUGUACUGUGUUUACUGGUUAAAUGCCAGUGUGACUACACUCUAUGUAUGAAACAGCAGCAGCGACAAUAAACCACUAUAUCACAUUACCUUGUACCAUUGGGAAGGAUGUAAUUGGGACUGUGAUGGGUGGACCUCUAGGGUCAUGCCUAAUGCGGCUUGCAUCGCUGGUGGGUUUAAUUGGAAAAUGGGAAGUCCGGUGUGAAUGUACAUCGAGCUGACUGGUCAACGAGCUGGCCUGUCUUACUCAGGACUGCACCUGCGGAAGUUUGUUCAUAAAGAUAUCUGGACUUUAUCGCCUAUUGGCAAUUAUUGAUAUGACUGGUACGGAUCACAGCAUAGAGCAAAAGGGGGAAAGUACUCGUCCUAAAAAUUACCCUUCAUUUGAUUUAAAUAGUUCCUAUGAGUGACAGCGCCUAUAAGGUUAAUGGCUUUGCCAGCAUAAACACAGUGCCAGGUUGUUGUAUAAAAACUAGAAUGCAGUACUUAUAGGGGAAAGAUAAUAGCAACAUUCAAGGCAAACACAUUGAAACAGGGGCAAGGAAAGGCAGAGCCAAGGUAGUCCAAAGGUCAAGCAAAGAACAGCUGAGAAAUGAUAUCUCAACUAUUACAGUUUGAAUUGGGCAUCUGUUAGAGGCCAUACCUACUUUGACAUGUCUGUAUUCCACCCUAUUGGUGUGUAGGCUGUCAGAGGUCUUGGGCUGCCAUGGGAGCUCAUUAAGGCUGUCAUGCACCAUAGAACGAACGUGAACGUCUCCCUGGCCUCUUAUGUUGCCCGUGAGACGUGAUGCGGAUCGUGUCCCGACUCCUGAAUUCGCGCAUGUGUGCGUUUGAUACUUGCAACUCGGUGGUGCAUUUGGAGAAAGUUGUAACACACUGGACAUGUUCUGGUGACUUAUUGAAAACAAAAACCAUGUAUUUAAUUUUCACACAACCUGACUGAGAAAAUAUAUAUGUUUAUAACAUAAACACUACUGUCACGAUGAUUUAUUGAGAUAUGGACACAAGCUUCAAGUUACUGUGAGUUUUAUUGCUAUGGAGCUCUGUGAUACACUCAUACACACUGCUUUUACUGUUUAACAGAACAAUAAACACAAUAAUCUCUGGAAUUUUGAAAGGAUGAAAAAAAUCUAAUACUCUGCCAUAACCACUUAAACACUUUAAAUCUUUUACUUCCUACAGGUGAAAUCCGGUACAAUAUUUGAUAACUUUCUUAUCACAAAUAAUGAAACAUUUGCUGAGAUUGUUGGAAAUGAGACAUGGGGAGAGACAAAGGUAAGAGAUUGUAAAAUCAUACAUUUUCUGUGUGAUUUCAUCCACUCGCUGCUGCUCCCCUCUUCUAACAAGUAUAUUUGUAUUUGAGUAGAGUAGGCAUCUGGCGUGUGGCCAGGCACGUGCCCACCCUACCAAAUGAAAUUGCCUAAAAUGCAGGUCAGUCUUUGUGCCCCCUUCUGGGACGAACUAUGGUGGCCACCUUACUGCCUUAGGCUUGUGCUGGCAAUGCUUAGGGCCAGAUAAUCAUGAUUUUAUCAUGGGCAUUUAUGGGUAUAAGAAUUGCAUCACAAGAGUCUGCCCCCAAAAAAUACCUAUGUAAAUGAUGAACAGAUUUAUUCUAACCGUUUUUUACUGUUUUCUACUUACAGGAUCCAGAAAGGGAAAUGAAAGAAAUACAGGAUGAGGAGAGAGACUCGAAAGAUGAGAAAAAGCAGAGGUUGAAAAGGUUACACAAGGAGUUUGAAAUGUUGGAAAAAAUGGAAAAAGACAAAACCUUUGAUGCAGAGAAAUAUACGCUAAAAGAUAUGAUAAAUAGGAUUCAAGGGAAAGAUGAAGAAAAAACAAAAAAAAUUGAGGAGGCGAAACCGAAGGAAAAACAGGAAGUGCAACAGAUAGAGGGAAAGAAACAGGAAGAAGAUACAAAACAAGCAGAGAGUGAAAAAUGGGAAGUGUGUGAAAAACAGGAAGAGUGUGAAGAAAGGGAAAAGGAUAAAAACCAGGAACAAGAUGGAAAUCAGGAAGAGGAGAAAAAACGGGAUCAGAAUGUUAAACAGGAAGAGAGUGUAAAACAGGAAGAAACUGAACAGAAACCAGAGACACUAAAAGACAAAAAACAGGAAGAGAGUGUAAAACAGGAACCAGAGACACAGAAAGACAAAAAACAGGAAGAGAGUGUAAAACAGGAACCAGAGACACUAAAAGACAAAAAACAGGAAGAGAGUGUAAAACAGGAACCAGAGACACAGAAAUACAAUAAAGAGGAAGAGAGUGUAGAACAGGAACCAGAGACACAGAAAGACAAAAAACAGGAAGAGAGUGUAAAACAGGAACCAGAGACACUAAAAGACAAAAAACAGGAAGAGAGUGUAAACCAGGAACCAGAGACACAGAAAGACAAAAAACAGGAAGAGAGUGUAAAACAGGAACCAGAGACACAGAAAGACAAAAAACAGGAAGAGAGUGUAAAACAGGAACCAGAGACACAGAAAGACAAAAAACAGGAUGGCGGAGACUGGCAAAGGGAAUUUGAUGAGAAACAGGACACAAAAUCUGAAUCUAAAGAUGAACUGUAAAACUCUACAACACAACUUCAAAUGUUUGACUUUACAAAUGUUUGUGGACUAAUGUUCCCCAGAAUUCUUAGUCAGCUAGCAAACGGUGCUGGAAGUCAUAGUUUUACAACACAAGGGGGAGUGCAAUAAUGUUUUAAUUUGGAGAUUUUUUCAUUCCUAUGACAGAAACUGCUCCUGCCUGUAUAGAAUGCCAUAGAGCGUAUGUUUCAAGAUAAAAGUAAUUUGAUACCAAUUACUCAUUAUGCAGCAGAAAAUCACAGAGGAACAUUAGAAGUUUUUCUUAAUGGAGUGAGGUUCCGAAUAACAUCGUAAUGCAUUUUCCCAAGGACGUCCAUACGAUGGCCAGCUCUAGAAGAUAUUACAUGAACUUGUCAAGAACUAUGAAGAUCUUACAAAAGAUGUAUUCUUAUAAACAUGCCUGUUGUUUUAUUGGCACAUAGUAUGUAAAUAUAUUCACUGGUUUUGGGGGUAUCUACUUACAACCUGUUAUACUGUCUGCACUCUGAAAGGUUUGGAGCAUUUUUACAUGUUACGUUUUUAUCACGCUGUGUUAAACUUCACAAAAUUCCAAAGCUUAUAGAUGCUCAAUAUUAGUGCCUUAUUGUUUGUUGUUUUUAGAUAUAAUAUUAUUUAUGCAAUAAUAUUAAUUAGUAACAGGGGCAUCCCUUUUAUACUGUAAUUUAUUGGAAUGUAAAAUUAGCCAUCAACUGCCCUGAGUUAAAAAAUGUGUGUGCCCAGAAUUACAGGGAUGAUUUUUGGGACCGACUGAUACUUUGUUUGAAGAUACUUUGAAGUAACACAAGUUCCAAGCAUUUAUAGUAUAUUGUUGUGUUACCUUAGCACUGCCAAUAUUUGCAAACUACAAUUCAGUAGUCCAAAAAUUGCGAUUCACCGCUUUAAUGUCUUCUUUAACCUUUGUUGCCUUAUUCAGCAGUAAUGCAUUUACUAUCCUUCUUUAACCCCUUAAGGACCAAACUUCUGGAAUAAAAGGGAAUCGUGACAUGUCACACAUGUCGUGUCCUUAAGGGAUACUCUGAGCACCAAAACAACUUCACUUAAUGAGGUUCUUUUGGUGCAUCAACCCUGUCAUUUCUGCCCCGUAAUGUAAAACAUUGCCGUUUUGUUGGCAAUUACAACGGCUACUCUAAAUUAUUUUAGCCUGUAUGUAGCAGUUUGUUUUUAAUUCCCUCUUUAGUAGGCAAACUCUAAUGUUAUGAUGAGAUAAAGGACUAAUUAUCAAGCAGUGAAAGUAGCAACGUUGUAAGAAAUUUGCAACUUGGCUUUAUUGGAGAUUUGUGCUAUUUCAGAAUAACAUUUUCAAGUUACUUUUAUGCCAAAAAAAAUCUGCUGUUUAGCGAAUACUCUACAGUGUCAUUCUAAAAUAGUUUUUUUCCCUCAAUACACAGAUCUCUCUUUCCAACAUCAAAGUUUUGUACGUAGUCAAACUAUUUAGAAUGUCCUGCAAGUCCUUCUUCUAAGGCCUCUCCUAGCUCAUUGGCUGAGAGUGUCAGCUGGUCGCUCAUAGCCAAUGAGCUUAGUCCUGCACUGCUAGACUUAGCUCAGACAGAGAGCUCCCAGCAAGCGGACUAGAUAAAUGUGAGGGGGUGGUGGGUAGGGGGGGAUAGUGCACUGUUGUGUGUCAAUUAUAUAACUUAAACACAACCUAUCUCAACAGAAGAAGCUGUAGAAUUCACAGCAGUGAACUAAAGCAAGUUGGUUCCCUAUACCUAGAUGAUAUUUGCCAUUAUAUGGGUCCAGAAUUAUGAGUUUGGUGUUUGGUUUUUACAAAUAUGUAGUAAUUAUAAUUUAAAAAAAAAUAAAAUCUAAGUAAUUUGGAUGUUAUAAUGCUGCAACUCACAAGGGCACUUUAUGAUACAAAUCAUAUAAUUGAACAUAAUGCAAUGAAUUCUAUUAAAUAAACAAAUAAUAAAAAGAA